AGCCGUUUCGAGGCUCGAAUCAUGUCCUGAAUUACUGCAGGAUCGCCCAACCCUGGGCUUGCUCCGUUAGCGAAAUGUUGCGACUGGGCCUCGUCUGCCACGUCGUCUGCCUCGCGGGCCUCACAGGGGCUGUGACUCCCAAGGUGUCCCUCGGGGCUGAGUCCCCGGAGAAGCUUAUGCUACAGCCCCCGGAGAAUGAGAACGACAAGGGUCCGGCGCGACCAUUCUGGGUCUUUGACAUGGACGCCAUGUGGAAUCAGAAGGCUGCCAAUUGCUGCAUGGUGAUGGCGGCCGCUGGAGUGCUUUGUGCAGCGGGGGGCAUCGGCGGUGGAGGUAUUUAUGUCACCGUGCUCAUGGUGGCUGGAGGCCUUUCUGUCCGCGAUGCAGUGCCGCUUUCCAAAGCUGUGGUCUUCAUUGGCUCAAUCUCUUCGCUGUUCCUGAACUUGAGGAAAGCCACCAGCACCCGGGACGGGCUGAUCGACUACAAUGUGUGCCGAUUGGUGGUGCCGGCAGCCCUGGUGGGCACCUACAUGGGCGUGAUCCUCAACUCCAUCGUGCCCGGUUGGGCUGUUCUCAUGGCCUUGGUCGGCAUUCUCCUGGCGAUUUCCUACAUGGUCCUUCAGACCACAUGGUCGCAGUAUGCUGAUGAGGAGCACAUCGCCGAGCACAACAGAAAGACGGACUAUGAGAAUGCAAAGAAGGAGUUUGUCCCUGAAGUAGCUGCGUGGAAAAGCUCACAGGAGGUGCAAGAAUACACCAAGACGGACAUAGCACUGUCUGCAGUGAUGCUGGCGGUGGUAAUCACGGGCAGCGCUUUCCGGCACCACGCACUGAAUUGCCAGAGCGCCCCUGAGCAGAACCGGCUGCAGGUCUGCCAUCACCCGACCCUGUUCUGGCUGGAAGCCAACACGCUGAUGACCUGGAUGCAGACGCCCAGCACAGCGGCCUUCAUCAAGGUCUUUUUUUUCGCUGGGCCUAUGAUCUUUUGCAUCACAGUGCUAGCGUGCGUGGCGGCCAAGCUAGUCAGAGUCGGUUGGUCUCCCGCAUUGACAGUGAAAUUCAGCAUCAUGAGCGUCACCACAGGGUGCUUGGCAGGCUUCGUGGGAAUCGGCGGAGGACUCAUUUUCUCACCCUACUUUCUGCUGAUGGGGCUGGAACCCGCUGUUGCAGUGGCAACGUCAUCUACGUGUGUGAUUUUUACAGCCUCCUCGACAACCUUCCAGUAUCUCCUUACAGAUCGCAUCAUCAUGUCGCUGAUGCUCGUUUACGGCCUUGUGAACUUGGUGUCCUCCUAUGCAGGGACGUCGUUGGUGCACUACCUACAGGACCAAUUGAGCACAAGACGCUCCUACAUUUCAGGCAUCGUGUCAGCGGGCGUAGUGAUCAGCACAUUGCUGGCGGUUCGAGAACUGAUCUACGAGGCUUACUGAACGAGUUCCGUUUCACGCGCAGAACGUGCUGUGCAUUGCGUGUCCGAGUAUUUUCUGGGGGC